AUGGAAAAUCUACUCUCUCUCGCCUUUGACAACCUCUCCUCCUACGACGGCCCCAAGAUUCGCAAGGGUCUGCGGCAAGUCGAGGGUCUGCUGGCGCAAAUCUGCCUGUCCUCGCCGUCUGGUGGCGACGACGGCGGCAACGGCAGCGAGGACGACGAAGACGCCGCCGCCGCCGAUGCAGCCCCGUCGACGCCGGCGGCGCGCAAGAACCUCGGGCAGCUCGCGCAGGACCCGGCCUUUUGCGAGUUCUUCAAGCUGCAGGAGGGCUUCGAGUGGAACGUCGGGCUGCGGCUCAUCAGCACGCUGGACCGGCUCAUGGCCAAGGGCAGCGACGGGCAAAACGACCUGCUGAUCCUGAGCGCGCUGGACCUGCUGCACGGGGCGAUGCUGCUGCACCCGCCGACCAAGGGUCUGUUCCAGCGGGAGCAGAACAUGAAUCUCCUCCUCGACCUCCUCGAACCCUUCAACUGCCCGGCCAUCCAGUCCGCCACGCUGCUCACGCUCGUCGUCGCGCUCAUCCAGGUCCCCGCCAACACGCGCGUCUUUGAGGGCCUCGACGGGCUGCUCACCGUCACGUCGCUCUUCAAGUCGCGCUCCACCUCGCGCGAGGUCAAGCUCAAGCUCGUCGAGUUUCUCUACUUUUACCUCAUGCCCGAGACGCCGUCCAUCCCCCGCGCCGCCGCCGACCGCCGCGACUCGCUGCCGGAUAUGCUCCAGCGCAGUCCGAGCAAGCUCGUCGGCGCGUUUGCGGGCGACGAGGCGGCGGCGCGCAGGCGUGGCGGCGGCGGCGGCGUCACGCUCGCCACCGCGGAGAAGCAGCAGCUGCUGGGCAGGUACUUGAGUAAUGUCGACGACUUGGUCAGAGAUCUGCGCACGUGUGCGCCUUUUGGAGGCGUGGUGGCGUAA